UGUGCGCUGCAGGAGCUAAAAUAAGCCUGGUUGUUUUUCUGGUGUCCUGAUAUUAUCAGUGCGUAACAACUAUCCCUCCUUACUGACUGUGUCAACUGAACUGCGUUAUGACUGGAGAAGAAAUCGUGGUGGUUACAGGCUUUGGACCUUUUCGACAGUUCUUAGUGAACCCCAGCUGGAAAGCAGCCCAGGGUCUGAAGUUGGUCGGAUUGGGAGAGCAGACUGAUGUUUCCAUUAAGGAGGUGCCAGUGAGUUAUGUUAAGACUCAGGAGGUCAUUGCUGACAUUUGGCAAACUCUUCACCCAAAGUUUACUGUACAUCUGGGCGUAUCCAGAGGGUCCAGUGUCUUUUUGGAGCAAACAGGGAAGAACAGCGGAUACAGAGACAAAGACGUGUGCGGCUUCUGUCCUGAAAGUCACUGCUGUGUGGAAGGAGGACCAGAGAAACUGGACUCAGUCGUUAACAUGAGGGCUGUCGCCAAACAAGCGGGACCGGAUGUCAUUUAUUCAAGAGAUGCUGGCAGGUACCUGUGUGAUUUUGCAUAUUACUGCUCGCUGUAUCACGGCCAGAGCAGAGCAGCCCUCAUCCAUGUACCCUCAUCUGGCAGCCUGGCCUCAGCCCACAGACUGGUCCCUCUGCUGCAGACCCUCAUCCACACCAUGCUGGAGCAGCUGGAGGACCCUUUAGAAACCACAUGAAGAGAUGAUGACAGUAGAUUGAGGUAGAUUCCUCUAAUAAAGACAUUUCACACCACAAAAACUAUAACACUGAACGACGUGGAAUAGAAACCGUGGCCUCAGAAAGAACAAACAAUAAAAGUUCUCAUUCAUUUAUUUAUUCAAAAUUUCAGAAAAAAAAAGAAAAUACAAGAAAUUCUCAGAUACACAUUUGGAGAUGGCAUGUCAAAAAUACACCAUCUCAGUUAUAGGUGUGAAAAAACUUUUGAGGCCUCAGAUACAGAGCUUGAAAAAAAGACAGUCUAGUGAAGGUUUCUGAUUAUUUCUUUUCUCCAAUCAGGUAA